AUGGAUGAGGAGGGCUUGUCCAACAACGAAAGUUCAAAUGACGUACUAGAUGAAGAAAAUCUGGAGGAGGAAAGAGACCUUUCCGAUAUUUCUUUUGGCCAUCGGGAAGAGGAGGAGGAGGAGGGUGGCCUCCACGGAGGUAGCGAUGGUGGCGAGGGUGGCUAUGCCGAGGAUGGUGUCGAUGGUGGCGGCGAUGCCGAUGGUGGCUGUGCCGAUGGUGGCUAUGCCGGCCUUGAUGUAGAAGACCAUGAGGGACAAGCAGGGGAUGCGCCGGGUCAAGAAAAAGAUGCCGAGGGAGGUGGAAACGAAGAGGAGGAAGAGGAAGAAGAGGAGGAAGAAGAGGAAGAGGAAGAAGAGGAGGAAGAAGAAGAGGAGGAGGAGGAAGACGAUGAUGAGGAUGACGAUGAUGAGGAUGACGACGAUGAUGAUUAUGACGACGAUGAGUAUGACGAGGAUGACUUCAAUGAGGCCACGGUGUCCUGGAUCGAAUGGUUCUGCCAGCUGAAACAGAACAUCUUCCUCGUGGAAGUGGACGAAGACUUCAUAAGAGACGAAUUCAACCUGAUAGGGCUCCAAACGAAGGUACCCCAUUUUAAAAAGUUGCUAAAAAUUAUACUAGACGAAGAUGACGAUGAUGACGACGACGAUGAUGAAGAGGACGAUUAUGAUGAAGAUGAUGACGAAAUAAAUAGAGGAUCCGAUGAGCUGUACAAGAACAAAGACAUAUAUGAGCAAAAUGCUGCAUGUCUUUAUGGGUUAAUACACAGUCGUUUCAUUUUAACGUCCAAAGGACUAGCACUCAUGAGGGAAAAAUAUAAGUCUAGCAUCUAUGGUACGUGCCCAAGUAUCUAUUGCGAUAAUGCGAAGUUGUUACCCACUGCCAUUUCUGAAGUACCGAAAUUUUUAAGCCCCCUUUUGUACUGCCCUCGUUGUUGCGAAACCUUUUACCCACAUAAGAAUUCUUUACUUAAUCAGCUGGAUGGAUCCUAUUUCGGCACCAGCUUUGCUUCCUUUUUUGCGCUUUCCUUUAACAUACAAUCAGACAAGAAGAAGAUUUAUUACACUCCUCAGAUCUGUGGGUUUACCAUUAACAGAGACAUACGGGAGACGUUGUACUUGGACAUGAACAAGGACAACAGUGAGUCGUCGGAGGAGUAUUCGUAG